AUGCGCAUGCGCUUCGAAGCUCAGAUGAACGAAAGCAACGCGCUGUUCAAAGACGAACACAAAGCCCUCGCGCUCGCCCGGCGACUCCAAGAGCAAAACGACCAGCUCCUAGACCUCAUCCUCGACAUCAACUCCUCCGCCCGGCUCCCCCCACACCAACGCAUCGACCUGCGCUCGCCCUCCCCCAGCGCCUCCGCCGUCCCCUCCCUCGAACCCGACGAGGAAGCCGACACCACCGCAAUCCAGCACGCCCUUCAAACCGCGCGCGCACAGCUCACCGCCGGCACACUCACCCCCUCCGACUUCACACACCUCGAGUCCACCCUGACCGCGCGCCUCCCCCCUCAUCAGCGUCCCCGAACCCUAACCCACCUCGAAGCCAUCCCGCACACACCCUAUCCGCCCUCGCGCCCUCUCCCCGAGGAUCUCGCACCCGAGACGCAAACACCACCGGGCUACUUCUCCCCCACGCACGAAGACGAGUACCUUAGCACGCUCGACACAGUCCUCGACGCGCACCCCUCAGCACUCGACCUCGACGCCGACCCGGCCCUCGUGACGCGUCUCCUCUCGCGCCCCGCAGCCGCCAGCAUCCCCAGCGACAAAGACCUGCAGCUCCGCAACCCGGACAGCGUCUACAACUGGCUGCGGCGGAACCAGCCCUCCGUCUUCCUGCAAGACCGCGACGCCAAGGACCUGGUCUCCAACAUGGACGCCGGGAGCGAGAAGAGCGGGCCCGCGCACCAGCACGCGCAUAAAGCCCCACCGGCCCACCGCGCGACCAAGCGCGGCGCGCCGAGGGAUGUCACGUCUACCCCGCAGCAGAAGAGCGAGCAGGAGGCCCUGGAUGAGGAGAUUGGGUUCGUGGCCGAGGCUGGGCCGGGGGCGGGCAGCGCGAAGAGGAAGAAGGGCGAGGAUGACGCGAGUUAUAGACCUAAGGGGGGCAGCAGUCGGCCUGCGAAGAGGAAGAGGGAGGAUGGGGAGAAGGUGGGGGGGAGGAAGAAGGUUGCUAGGGCGUCGGGGGCGGGGGCGGGUGGUGCGGGUGGGGUGGGGAGUCCGGGAUGA